AUGCUAACAUUUAGUGUUGAUUGUCAUCUUAUUACCACAACAAUGAAAUCAUCUCGUGAAAAAGAUGAGAUAGCUGCCGCAGAAGCAACGUUGGUGUAUCAUGAUGUUCGACAUAGAAUAUCAUAUAUAGCACAACAGUGUACAAUUGAUGUUUUGAAAGGUUUAUUUGCUUCAUCAUCUAUUGUUAGAUCUUUAUCAUGUGCAAAAACUAAAGUAGCAGCUAUAGCAACUGAAGUUUUAGCACUAUGGGGUGUGGCGUAUGGGUUGGUGUAG